UAAAACAAUAUUUAUAAUUUAUAGUUAAUGUUUCAUAAUCUGUGUAUACAAUAAUAUUUGCUCUUAAUAUAAAUGAAUUGCAGUGUAUUUAACCGAGGUAUUUCCUAGUAUAAUUAGUUUCUACAGAAAAAGUUACGAUAACACCGUGGCGGUUAUAAAAUCACCACACGCAUCGAAAAUCUGCAUAGAUAUAAAUAAACUCUUCCAGAGGUAAGUCCACUUAUUGAACAUUUUAUUUUUGAAAUCCAACCGACAAUUUUAUAUACUUUCAGAACUAAUUAAUAAUGUUUUUCGUCCUUUUCGCUUCGAUUUUGUUGGCAACUGCGUUGGCGCAUCCAACGGGAGCUCCAACUGAAGCCUGCGACAGCAUGACACCCGACCAUGGAGUUAACCCCGAGUCGACCCAACUUCCAAACACCAUAUCCUUGGACAAAACGGAUUUGAAGGCCAAAGAUAAACUUAAAAUUUUAAUAGAGGGACCUCCAUUCAGGGGAUUCCUUGCCGAAGUCAGGAAGCAGGGCUCCGACGAGGCUGUUGGAAAGUUCAUCGCUGAUGAAGGGCAGCACACUAUAAAUUGUCACAACAAUAAAGACAGUGCUAUUACACAGUCUGGACGAGAGCUUAAAGACAAAGUUACUUUGAUUUGGGAAGCUCCUGAUGAAACUGGGGACUAUGAUGUUUUCAUUACUAUCGUUGAAACCAAAGAGAAAUUUUGGGCUAAACAGAAAGUUUCAUCAAUUAAAGUCGUUUAACAACAACCGGCAAGUAUUUUAUUAAUGUAUCAUUGUAUUGAAACUAAUAUUAAAUAAAUCAGUAUUAAGUACUUUG